UUUUUUCUUUAAAGUUUGAAGCCACUAUCUCUCGUUCUUUCUUAAAAUUCUGGAGGCGAAAAGGAGGUGAGUAUUAGAGAGAUGAGAAAGUUUGCAAUAUUUUGCCUCUGCAUUCUCUUCUCAGUGUCGAGAUCAGUGGGUUUUGAGUCCGAUGAACUCUUAUUAGAUGAUGAUGAAUUCGUUUCUUCGGGGAAAUCGAAGCUCUCUGAUCUCGAAUACCUGCAACCGAUGAGGCCUUCCAAGAGAGGGAGGGACUUCGAAUCUUCGUCAGCUUCUUCUUCUGAUUCGAAGGUCCAGUUUUCCCUAGAACACGCCUUUGGAGAUGGAGAGUUCUUGCCUGCGGGUCUCUUCACUGCAAGAUUGAAGACCUCGCCUCAUGGUCGCCAGGUGGUUUGCUCUCAUAGAUCUCUGGUUCAGACCCUUACCAAGCUCCGCCUUUCAAGGAAUACCUUGACUGAUACAGAAAAGGAAAUAUUCAGAGAGUUGCUAAAAAAUGACGAGUUCUAUAGGAUAAGGGUGCCAUCUAAUAUAUUGAAUUCUAAUGGAGAAUACACAAUUUCAUCAGUUAAAGCUAGGUGCCUGCCACUGGACGAUUUGGAAGAACAUUUUGUUAUUCACAUGGAUGGAGUGAAAAUUUUGGCUGUUAAUUAUGGUUCUACAGGAGCAUGUCCAUAUCCUCGGUCAAUGAAACAACCAAAGAAGUGGUCGUUUAAUUCAUUUACUGUGCUGAAGAACAGUGAGCAGGCACCAAGGACUCCAGCUUUUGCUGAGGAACUUCUUGGUGGUGAGAAUGGAGAGGGUGAAGGCAUAAAGCCCAUGGAGAAGUCCUUUUGGGCAAAAUAUUGGAUGUAUAUGAUCCCACUAGGGCUUAUUGUGAUGAACGCUUUCAGUCAAGCCAUGAACAUGGCAGAGCCGGAAGCCAAUGGUCAGGCACCUACCCAAGGGGCACCAGCUGGGGCACGUGUUGCAAACCCUGGUGUUCGUCGGAGGUGACAAGUAAAGAUUUGUCAAAAAAGACCCUCUCUCUCUCUCUCUCUCUCUCUGAGAUGAGGAAAACAGAAGCUAUUUUUUAUGGAUUUUCAUACUUGUGAUUCAGUGAUAGUUAUUUUUCCUUUUCUCAUGCCGUAGUUCUUUUACCUUGAAUGUCGAAAAUUGGCGGAAAAUGCUCCUCAGACAACUGUGUAUUGUAUUUUAUGGAUUUUCAUGGAGAUUAUCAUCUCUUGUAGCACGGCAGGCCGAGGGAAGGACAUUCCUUUGUUGUCCCUGUUUAGGUGAUGAUAUUUGCUAAACUGAGCAUGCAAUCUGAAAUAUUUUCUUCUAAUUGUUA